CUAUUAUGUACACCACGCCACGCCAGAGCAUUUCAUUCUACACGGUUCAGAAAAUUUUAUGUGAUAUACACACGAAGUUACGGAACAUUUGAACAUAUACACAUACACACUUGGCAACAAAAUUUGAACAGUGCAGUUUUGUGUGUAUACAAGGGGCUAUAUACCGAGUGAUAAAUGGAAAGUCGAAAUGGUCGACGGUGGUGGGGAUAUUCAUGUUAACUGGUUCUGUAUCUGACACGCUCGUUUGGUCUAACACAGGGAAUUGAGAGCGCUGCUUGAGUACGGUUUUUUUUUCUUCUGCUUUCUAAGAACUUUGUUGAAAGCAUGUACUCCGACCAUGACUGAAACCAUUUCUGAAUUUCAUUUUCCCAUACAUUCUUGUUACGUACAGUGUGAAACGAAUUUCGUGCUCGUAUAUAGACAGCAUCGAAUGGAAUGAUAUUCGAAAAAGACAGUUUGCAGCUGAGAAAUAAGACAGUUUUUUUUCUAUUCAUUCGUUAGUCUGUAAUUUAUGAAUGCGCAAUUAAUGAUCAAGUGGAGUUUUGAAAGAGACGAACAGCAAGUAGUGGGACUAUAUUUGUACUUGUGCAGCAGAUAAUGUUUACAAUAAUUGUCGUGUUUGCAUAAUUAAACUUUAUUUUGUUGAUAAAUAAUAUUGUGCCGGUAUAAUAAUAAUAUUCGAAUUCGAGUGCGAGGAUCAAAAUCGCUUUAUAUGCGAACGUGGUUGUUCGAGUAAUAUAAUGAAGAUUGCAUAGAGACAUGACAGCUACAGACGAAUCAAAUAUAGGCUCUUUAGUGUCUACUUCUCCUUCUUCUUUUGGAUUUGAUGUUACACCCAUUGAAGAUAUCAACGAGUUAACAGGCGAUCUGUUCCCCAAUUCACCGAAACAGUUCUACGAAGACGACGUUACCGAUUCAUCGAAAGUGGACGAAAUACGAUAUGAUACGCAUGCAACGGAUACAGAAACAACAACCGACAAUCACAUAACGCCAGACAUCGAACCAUUUGAUGAUCGAACUGUUGAGAAGCUGAGAAUUUCGUUGCCAUCAACAUCACCGAUUUGGAGCAGCUGCUAUUCGUCGUCAUCGGAAAGCAGUUCGUCGAGCAGAGCCAACAAAAUUCGAAAACGAUUUUGUGUUGCAUGCAAUCAACGUUUCCGCAAAACAUCGGAAUUGCACAGACAUUUGUUGACACAUGUUACCCAGCCGAGUGUACAGUUGGAACGACUCAGUCCAAGCAAUAGAUAUUAUCAAGACUUUCUGAAGCGACAAUCGUCGGAAGCCGGUGAGGAGAAUACCGGUUUGAAAAUCAAAUUGAAAGUAUUGUCGGGCGCUCAAAACUUUGAAGUUAUACCGAAUGCACUGGACGAAGCGAAUCGCGGCAAAGGAAUUCGAAUACUCACAGCAAAAGAAAUCAAACUCAGUCCGAAUCGAUCGCCGUCGACGAACACAUCGCCAUUAGACGCUAUGGUUGCGCUAUCUGAAAUGACCUUUAGUGAUAAUUCCAGUUCAAAUACGAGCUAUAUGACUGAUCAAGAUAAAGUACACUUUGAGUGUCCCACAUUGGACGGCUUAGACCAAUUCAACGAAGAAGUGAAUAAAGAAGCAGCGGCUCAGCUACUGAAACAACUUUUGGAGACUCCACAGAUGCCACAAGAAAAUGAAUGGACACCAACAAACGAAUACAUAUCGAUUGACCGUUUAGCACACAUGUGCCCGGUUUGCCAUUCAAACUUUCCCGAUGCUGUCAUGCUGUACGAGCACAAAAGAAUCACUGGCCAUGAUUUUCAAAAUCUGUUCCAGCAACAGCAGCAGCAGCAGCAGCAGCAGCAAUCAUCCAUGCCUAAUAACGGUAUACAACGACCGUUCCUACGCCCGAGAGCCCAAACACAACUCGCUGUUUAUGGACAACCGCAAUUACAUCAACCAAAUCAAAAUCAAUUUUCUCAUCAUCAACAACCACAACAAGGAGGUCACAUGCAGCAACAAGAUCAGGUUGCAAGGUAUGGAGUUCGAUUUCCCAUGCGGCCAAUGGCUCCACAACGUCGAACGCCUCCUCCAUUGUACAGACCUAACGGCCAAGCAAUGCCACAAGGACAACCAUUGAACAUGGCACCAUUUAUGGGCAUGAGUCCUGACAUGUAUAAUCCGAUGCCUGGUGCCAAUGGAAUGAAUAACAACACCAUCAUGAAUUCGAAUGCGUUUCCGCCGAAUUCAAGAAUUUCACCAUUGCAAAGGAGUUCGCCAGCAAAGAGUGUCACCACUUCAACGAGUGUCACCGCAUUUAAUGCACAACAGCAACAGCAAAUGGGUGGCCAUCCUCAGCAACAAUUCAAUACACAAGAUGAUGCGGCCACCAAUUAAUAUGAACAUGAAUAUGAUGCGACAAAUGCGACCGGGACCGCCACAACCACCGAA